CGAUUCCCUGUGCGCCUGGAGUUGAAGACAAUUCCUGGUUCAGAUUUAAACACCUUUGGAGACACAUUUGAUCUUGGAAAAAGCUUCGAAGCUGAAAUGUGUUCUUAAGGGCUAGAAGCUGUCAAGGCUUUUGCACCAUCCAAGAUGUAUUCAGUCUCAAGUCUCCGAAUUGGAAAAAAGAGAACGAAGGAGAACAAGAACCUUUAUAAUUCCUCCUUGGGUUGCCACCUCUCCCCCGCAGAGAUGUUUCCUGCGACAAAACCUGGGUGCAAACAUCCCCGGUGACCAAAAGCAGGAAGGUGUGAGAGGCACUUCGGGCUGCCAGGGAGCACUCGCGGUAUCUGAACCAACCAGCCCCCAUCUACAGCGACUAGGACAAGGAGAAGAAGGGUGGGGGGGGGAGGGGAGAGAGAAAAGAGAGAGAGAGAGAAAGAGAAAGAAACAAGCGUCUUCUUUCCUGCUGGUAACUUCCAACAGACUUCCUGCAACACCGAAAUACUCACCGCACCCGAGCCCUACGGGUAUGACGGGUAUGAAACCCAGAAAGCCACGAGCCGCACACGCCCUCUCUGGGCGGCAUUUCUUUGGCUGGCCGCCGCCCAGGCUACAGGGAUUUGGACACAAGGACCUGGGGUUGUUGUCUCUUUUGGCUCAGGCAUCUAUCUUUCUCGAGCCACUCCUGAGAAGUUGAUGGCGCAGGAAGGUCAGGAAGCUUCGAGAGCCUCCUCCGGUUUUGCGCUUCCAGCUGGAGGCGGAUGCAAAGCUGCCCGGGAAUAGCCGGCUAACAAUGGCCCGGAGGCUUAGACUCUGGUUGGACAUUAGGAGGGGGGCGAGGGGCUGUAGGGAGAAGGAGAGAGGCGGACAGAACAGAGAGAGGGAGGGGGAAAGGGGAGAAGAGGAAAAAGAGGGAAAGGCAGAAAGGAAAACAGAGAGUGAGGGGAGAUGUUAGUUCUGAGAUUCAGGAACUGGGUUUAGAAAAAAGUGGAGGAAAAGGGAAAGAAAAGGGAAAUCCCCCCAAAUCUUUAUUUUCUCUCUCUCUCUCUCUCUCUCUCUCCAUCUCUCCUUCCUUUAUUCUUUCUUCUCCCUCUCACCUCCUCUCUACUUCUGCUCCUUCCUCUUGCCUUAACAGAACUUAUGUGGCUGGGAUGAGAGGGCCGUUGGUGUCAAAACUUUGAAGAUUAAUGGAUUACUUUGUUAAUGACUACAGGCGUCAGGCUGAGGUGCUUAAAUGAUUUGUGAGGUGCAAGCCAUCUUCCCGACAGUCCCAAACAAUGCUUGGAGUGUGCGGGGGAGGCAGAGGGCAGCUGCUGGCGGGACCGGCAGCAAGCUCACACUCACACACACUCACUCACACACACACCCAACACACCAGACCCUUGCUGAUUAGGAGGUGGGCAGGCACCCUCACCCCCACGCACUCCAGAGCAUCCCUACCCACACCCACUAUAUGUAUUUUUGCCAUAAAAUAGUGUAAAUAAAGCCUCACUGGCCCCCAAUGAGGCGUUCCUUCCCGACUUUUUUGGAUCAAUCAAACAGACAGUGGCUUCUUUUGAUUAAAGCCCAAAUUGUCAUUGGGCAGAAGCAAUCAUGUGACAGCCAAUUCGGUCCAAUUUCAACCUUGUCUCCAUGAAUUCAAUAGUUUAAUAGUAGCGCGGUCCCCAUACGGCUGUAAUCAGUGAAUUAGAAAAAAAACACCCCAGCAGCGAUCUUCUAUGAUAGAUUUUUUUUUCCUCCGCGCUCGCCUUUUUCCUGGGCCUUGCCCCCCCAAAGCCCCUCCAAAAGAGGGAACUUUUUCUCUGAGGGGGCUCCAAGGAGAAGGCCAUGAAUUACGAAUUUGAGCGAGAGAUUGGUUUUAUCAAUAGCCAGCCGUCGCUCGCUGAGUGCCUGACAUCUUUUCCCCCUGUCGCUGAUACAUUUCAAAGUUCAUCAAUCAAGACCUCGACGCUUUCACACUCGACACUGAUUCCUCCUCCUUUUGAGCAGACCAUUCCCAGCCUGAACCCGGGCAGUCACCCUCGCCACGGCGCUGGCGGCCGCCCCAAGCCGAGCCCCGCGGGCAGCCGCGGCAGCCCGGUGCCCACCGGCGCCCUGCAGCCGCCCGAAUACCCCUGGAUGAAGGAGAAGAAGGCGGCCAAGAAAACCGCGCUGCCCCCAGCUGCAGCCGCCGCCACCACCGGCUCUGCUUGCCUCAGCCACAAAGAAUCCCUGGAAAUCGCCGAUGGCAGCGGCGGGGGAUCGCGGCGCCUGAGAACUGCUUACACCAACACGCAGCUUUUAGAGCUGGAAAAAGAAUUUCAUUUCAACAAGUACCUUUGCAGACCCCGAAGGGUGGAGAUUGCAGCGCUGCUGGAUUUGACUGAGAGACAAGUGAAAGUGUGGUUUCAGAACCGGAGGAUGAAACACAAGAGGCAGACUCAGUGCAAGGAGAACCAAAACAGUGAAGGGAAAUUAAAAAGCCUAGAGGACUCCGAGAAAGUAGAGGAGGAUGAGGAAGAGAAGUCACUCUUUGAGCAAGCCCUUAGCGUCUCCGGGGCCCUUCUGGAGAGGGAAGGUUACACUUUUCAACAAAAUGCCCUCUCUCAACAGCAGGCUCCAAAUGGACACAAUGGCGACUCCGAAAGUUUCCCAGUUUCGCCUUUAACCAGCAAUGAGAAAAAUCUGAAACAUUUUCAGCACCAGUCACCCACUGUUCCUAACUGCUUGUCAACAAUGGGCCAGAACUGUGGAGCUGGCCUAAACAAUGACAGUCCCGAGGCCCUUGAGGUCCCCUCUUUGCAGGACUUUAACGUUUUCUCCACAGAUUCCUGCCUGCAGCUUUCAGAUGCAGUCUCGCCCAGUUUGCCAGGUUCCCUCGACAGUCCUGUAGAUAUUUCAGCUGACAGCUUUGACUUUUUUACAGAUACACUCACCACAAUUGACUUGCAGCAUCUGAAUUACUAAAAACAUUAAAGCAAAACACCGCAUCACAAUACAAACCCCCCCCCCCCACCAGGCAGUUUUGCCUUCUUUCAUUCCAAGAGUUAAUUUUUAUUUUAUUUUCUUCUUAACCUAUCCUCUCCCUUCUUAAAACGUUGAGGAUUUCUGUUUAGUGAUUUCCCUGACCUAGUUUCAGAGCCUAUCUCUUACAGAUUAUUGGGAGUUUUAGUUGUUUUAAACUUAAUCCAAGAACCGUCUAUGUGUUUCCUGAGAGCAAUACAUAAGGCCUGCAAGAAAGUGAUUAUGUAAUUGUAUCUUCACUUUCUUUUUAUUUUUGUAUUACAUUAGGAUGCAUUGUCAUGCCUAUUUUUGGUAGAAUAAAUUCUCCUUUGCUAUAAGUA